AUGCGGCGGAUAUACGUGAAGUAUGUGGGCAAGAAGAAGCGGAUGGCAGCUUCUGAGAAACAGCAGCGGAUAGCGAAAGAGAAGGCGGAAAGAGGAGCAAAAGAAACAAAAAGCAAUUUGGAAAUUGAUGGCGAAAAAAGCCUCGCGAUGCUGGCAUUGCCACCACCGCUGCUAGCUGUGGGGGAUAAAGUUGUACGAGCUGCGGCGUGUAGCCGGCCAAACUACAACUUUGUCGAAGACCCUCUCUGCGCUGUUAUCACCCGCAAAGCCCGGGAGGGCCAGAUGUGCGUGUGUGUUAAGUUUUCGCUCUGUGAUCUUGGGAUCUCGAAUGCACAGUUCGUUCGCCAUGAAGCUAGUAACUUCGUGACAAAGAGAAGACCUAAGGAGAAAAGUCGUACGCUGGGGAGAAAGUGGGCAUUUGUAUGA